AAAUAACUCUUCGCCAUUAAGGAUGUAAUUCGAAUAUGUGCGUGUGUGUAUAUAUAUAUAUAUAUAUACACACACGCACUUGCGUACAAAAAAAGUGUGUAUACAGAUCGUAAAAUACGUAGGUAUUUUUCCAAUACUGAACAAAAAAAGAUGGCGAGUUCUUUUCCUACAAGUAGCGAGAGAUCCUCAGGCUCUACUCUUCCUCCAAACGUCAAAGAAGGUCUCGAUAGCGACGAGGAGACCGAUGAAACACCGGAUUUUGACGCCGGAGACCAAGAAGCAGUCGCCGGAGCAGAGGCUGUUAGAAAGUAUGGAGAAGGAGAAAGAAGCAGAGGAAAAGAUCCUGCUGAGAAGGAGAGCAAAAGGCUAAAGAGGUUGUUGAGGAACAGAGUCUCUGCCCAGCAAGCGAGGGAGAGGAAGAAAGCUUACAUGAACGAGUUAGAGAAGAGGGUGAAAGAUCUGGAGACGAAGAACUCUGAGCUUGAAGAAAGACUCUCCACUUUGCAGAACGAGAACCACAUGCUUAGACAUAUACUAAAGAACACGACGUCAAGUAGCCGGUAGAGGUAGCCGGUCGCC